UCUGUUGUGGCCGUGGAAGGAAGUGUCGGCGACGAAUUGCGAUUAUUCGAUUUUCGGUUUCUGUCAAGAUUUUUGCAUUUUCCAUUUGUCUUGUGGUUUGAACUGUGAGUUUGGGCGCAGUGGCGUCUUGUGCGGGAGUCGGCGACGCGAAUUCCAUUCAAACGGCGAGCAAACCUGCGAGUUUUCCCAGCCACCUCCCGACGUCAGUGACAUUUUGCGUAGAGACGCUGUGCACGGUGGGUUUUGUUGUCAGGUGUCUGCCCUUCGAUAUUUGGCAAUUGGACGAGUGAUUCCGCUGCAGCUGGCGUUGUCGCGAGUGAUAAUUCCCAGAACUGGUCGGACAGUGCCGGCCCGCGGCCACCCGGACGGGAUUCGUCGAAAAACCACUUUGCAUUCUGGUGCAAUAUUUUGCAACCUGCUUCCCCGGAAAAAUCGAAAUUUUAUCGAGCGGGCUGCGGAGGGGAAAUGGUGUGUCGGCUGAGGGGAAAGUGAAUUGUAGCGUGAACGUAGCGCAAAGAGCGCUGAACGCAACGGACAGCGGGCGGUGCAGCAGAGAAGUGACGUUUGGUGGAGGUGUGUGAGUGCGUGCGUGUGGAGUGUCGGUGCAUUGUGCGGAAGAGAGAUAAAAGUGCAGUGGCAACUGCCCAACUGGGCAAGGUAAAAAGUGCGAGCGGAAUUCUGCAAUAAUUGCAAGUUUCGGUUACUGUUCGCGGAGGAGCUGGACUGCGAGUUUGAUUUGGACUCCCGCGAAACCUUACGAAUUGGGAGGAGACCGUUGCGCUGGUAAUGGGAUUAAAUCUCCACUGAAAUAGAUUUUGGGCACCUUUCUAAUGGACAAGGAUCUCAAAUAUAUUAAGGACAGAUCUCAUUUACAAGCCAAUUUCAUACGUACAAAUUUAAAUUCUUCCAAUCAAAGUGUGCAGCAAUCGUAAGCUUCAAUGGAAUUGCCGACUGAAGACGCAUUUUUCAAAGUAGCGAGAAGACAUAACACUUUAGCCUAGUGAUUACUCAUGCUUUGUGUGAUUUACUCUAUCCCCCAUUUAUGGCCAUCAUUAUUUUGCCAGAUACGAUCGCCAAUCGUGCAUAUGCAAAUGGGGAAGCCAUAGGAGAUUGUAAUCGAUGAUCAAUCGAUGGAAUAAGUAAACAGAAAAAGUAAAUUAAUUGAUUUAUAAAAUGUACAGCUAAGAGAAGCAAACAAAGGCUGAACUUUAUUGAAAAGGAAAACAAUUGAAAUGGAAACGCAGAAACACGAUCGCCUGCCUCCAGAACAACAACAGUCUGAUCGCACAGACUACUUGGCCAGUGACAGUGGCAUUGAGAAUCUGUCGAGUAUAUCAAACCUUUCAGGAGGGACAAACAGUUGUGCCAGUCCCAGAACAUUUAUCCAUGACAGAAGUCGUGAUCACGAUUACAACGGCGACAGCGCCCGGGAUCAUAGACUAUCUACCCGGGUUUCCACAGAUUCCAGUUCAACUUUUGAAUUAGUCGAUUUCAGUAACUCACCAGAAGACGGAAAUGAUAGUGGUGACAACGAAAAUCAAGAAGUGAACAAUCUGCAUCAACUGCAAGCAAGCCAAAAUAAUACGCAACCACCAAAUGAAUUGAAUUUAUUGUUAAGGCAUACUGAGGUUCAUCGGCUAAACCAGCAGACAGUUUCGAAGCCAUGUGAAAUUGAUUUACACGAAGAGCGUGAUACAUUUUCACCUGUAAACAGUGCUGGAUAUCUAAGUGAUCAGCAGCAAGAUGAUGCGAUAGACGUGCCAGUUCCAACAGUAUCAGCAGCACCCUGUCAUAGUCGUAGUAUCGAUUUCACUACCACGCUAGAAAAUGAUACUAACUCGGCUGGAUCCUUGGACCUAGAAGAUAAUAAAAUAUACGAGAAGAAACGCCUGAAGACCGGGGCGACAACUUCAACAAAAGAAGAAAAACAACGACAAAACGAAGAGAUAGUAAUCAUGGAGACGUCUUCCAUAUCGUCUGAGACAGGCUCGUGGGAAUCGGUGUUUCCUCAACAGAAAGGAACUAACUUGGAAGUGAAGGAAUGUUGUCAGAACUUCUUGCAAAAUGAACGAAACUGUUGUACACAAAGUUCAGGAGUUCCAUUGCCUGAUGGAUUGGAUCCUUCAAAUUGUGGGACGAAUCCGUCAUCAUUGUCAUCGGUAACUGCUUGUUUCAUUGACGCCUCCACGUUAUUGGACGAACCCGAAGUAGCCUAUUCGAGUUUGGGAUCAACACUUGCUGACGUUCCAUGUUUGGAACCUAAACCUUGUCCGACUACAACUGAAAAGAUCUCCACACUUUCGAACAGAUCAGAAGAAGCAGAAAUGGAUAUACGACCAAAACAGAAAUCUCAAACGUUGCGUAACAAUAGCAAUUCCAGCAGUUCAGGUGACUCUCCAAAUAAAUAUAGUUCGGCUGAUGAGAACACGAACAAUCUUUCGGAUGAGGAGAAACUCUGGAAACGUAAAAAUUCCAAAAAGGAAUCACCGAAAGUUGAUGUGAAAGAUCAAUUUGUCAGAGAUAAUGCAGAGGUUCAUCCGAUAUUUGGGUCAGUAGAUAAGCCAAAAAGUAGCUCAGUAUCUAGACAAACCACUUUGGAUUCAGAUGAUCGAGAAUGCAGACAGAGGAGAGAACAGGAGCGCAUACAGGGCACGCUUAUUUUUCAAAAUUCAAUUCAACAAUUUUCUGGCCAUUUAAUUAGUCCUAAGAUGCAUUUUCCAGAUGAAAAUAUUUCUGAUUACGGACCGAAUUCAACUACGGGUUGGUCAGAAACAACAAGCAGUAAUUUUGGAGAUGCAAGCGAUUGUGGGGAGUCUUCAAGUAAUUAUAACUCCCAUAUCCAAUCUGAGUCGGAAGCUUCAAUGUCUUGUAUACUUCCUGAUACUCCGCAUAAUUCGAUAAUGCAAGUUGAUGGCUUAAAUCGGCUACGAGAUCUCGCUGGCAAUUUACAUUCCGUACACGCGGAGGAUUCUUCGGCACCCAUAAAAAUUCCGAAAAGAUCAACAAGAUGUGAUGAUUCGGCGCCAAUAGUAUCUGGAGGCGCAUCCAUAAAGGAUUUUACUCCAAAGCAAUGUGAAAGUCCACCGGUUCGACGAAAGACUGACAGCUGUCCAAUCGUAUCAGGUGGACUUAUAUCGUUCGAUUGCAAUUUGGCCGGCUUUGAAGACAAAACCUCGUCAAAAGAUAAACCGAAAAAUUCUUCACAGCCGUUCAAAUCAUGGGUAGUGGAUAUGAGCGAUUGCCAGAGUCGUCGACGAAGAAGCACGAGUUCCUCUUCAAGCACAGAAAAUACAGCACGAACCGCUGACAAUUCCACAUCAGAACAAAGAAAUUCGGGACUAGGAUUUUAUGUUUCUCUGAAUGACAUGCAGGAACCGAAAUCAGGGCGUGAAGAAGAUAGUCAGAGGCGUCAUUCUAGUGGAAGACUAAGCCGGUCCUAUCACGACCAAGUAAAAAAGCCAACUGGAUUCUACAUAGAUUUCUCAGAAAGUGAGAAUUCAAGAACUGCGACUCCACCGCCAAGUGCUGAUGUUCAUACUCCUCCCACAAAUGGAUCAGGAAAUGGUAACGAUAGUAAAAAGAAUAUUUUCUCUAUGUUCAUUGAUUUUGGUGAGAAAAGAAACGUAAGGAAGCGGGAACCUUUGUCGUUGGCCUCGAGGCUAUCAACGUCUCUAACGCAAAAACGAGAAAGUGACUCGAUGAAGAGUAGUUGUAGUUCAAUUGAAACUGUUAUGACCCAAAGCACGAGUAGCCACUGUGGCCAGGAGAAGUUUGAUUCAACAGGUGAAGCUGCCAAAACUUCUUCAGAUGAAAGUAAGAAACCGUCAUACAUUUUCAUGGAAAACGAUUCUCCAAUAAUGCGUCGAACGCCACUACGGUCAGUAGCUAAGGAUGAAUCGAAACGACACUCCUGGAACAAUCCAGAACCGAAAAACGCACAUUUGUCCAAUCGCGAGCACAAACGUUCUAUUAGUCUAGUAGCUGAUAACAGUAUGAUGAACAUUAUCGAUAAGCUACCGAUCAUUUCGAAAACGUCCUCAAUGUCCAUUGAUUCUUCUCUAUCGCCGUUCGAUGACUUUACAUGUUCUAAAUCAGAGUUAAGCACAUAUUCGAAUAACUCAAACUCCGCCACAUCGGUUUCGAUACAUUCAAGUGGAAAUGACGACGAAGAUCCCACAAAAAAACAAAAGAAGCGACGAAGAGACGUCCACAUAAACGAGACUUUUGAUAAGAGUAGCCAGGGUUCGCUAACUGAUGGUGUAUUUUCCAAAGAAUCCUCACCUGUUUCAACAACCGACACCGAAGACUUAACCUUCCAGCAAGAGGAGAACAUGUGUAUAGCUGCAGAAGAGGCGGCCAGUUCGACUUCGGUUUCAAGUAAAGAAGGCUUCGGGCGCCCUGGAAUCAUGGAAACAAUUAUUGAAACUAAAGAAACUUCUUCACCAAAGAAACAACCAACGAAAAAUGUGGCUCCGGUCGAGCCCAAGUCUCACACAAUGGAAACACUCCACGCUACAAUUGAAAAGCAGAAACAAUUAUUGGAGACUGUAACAGAACACGUGGAGGCAGGAUCUGCCUUUGUUAAGCUCUCGGAUAUGGACAAGCCUAUUAGCAAGUUUGAAUUACAUUCUCCAGAGAACGCUAUGUCGAAGUCUGUGGGCUCGCGGCAUAUAAGUCGGCUUUUCCAGGAGCCUAGCCGAUCCCGACCGCACUCCUGGAAUAUGACUCGAUCGAUUGGCAAUAACAUAGCUAACAUAACAUCUUCCGUAGAGAAUUUGAAAAGUCUGAGUCGUCUAUUUCCUCAUCUUUCACGUGAGCUGAGUAGCAGCCUUCCCGGAGAUGUUUCAUUUGAUAUGUUCAGCAGGAGUCCACAUGAUAACGGGGAGUAUGGACAAUCAGAUUUUUCAGGCGCGUCAAGUUUAGCGUCCAGUAUUAGUCGAUCGGGAAUGGACGAAUCAUCGAUAUCUUGUCGCCAGCCACGAAGACUUGGUGAAGAUCUCCUGAAAAUGUUUCUACAGGAAAUCGGAACUGAUGUUGUGGUCGAGGUGAACGGUCGUCGAAUUAAGGCCCAUAAAUGUAUCCUCAGAUCUCGAUGCCAAUAUUUCGCAGCAAUGCUUUCGGGUGGUUGGGUGCAGAGUGCAGGAAAUAUGAUAUCGCUUCCGGGAUAUUCAUACAGUUCUGUGCACUUCGCUCUUUGCCACAUAUAUUCGGGAGCUUCACAUCCACCAGACGGAAUAAGUCUGAUGGAGUUGGCUGCAUUGGCUGAUCUUUUGGGACUAGAAGGCCUGAAAGAAGUGACGGCGCAUAGUUUGAAAUUGAACUAUUGUCAUAAUUUCCAUAAACCAUGUUCAGGAUGCAUUGAUGGAAUACUUCAAGUUUUGCCGGUUGCAUUGAAUCACGCUUUAGAUGAUCUGUACCGUAAAUGCCUGAAGUGGACGUGCCGGUAUUACAUGAAAGUGUGGCCAACAAGAUCGUUUGCACAACUUCCGUCGGAUAUAUUUGCACGUUGCCGGCAAAUGCUUGUGGCGCAUCUGACAACGGAAACAGUGCUGGAAACGAUUUUAGACUGCGAUCAUUUGAUAUCUCAACUAGCACCAUGUCGAUGGGCAGCAGCUAUUGAAAAUUUAGUCCGUGAUAUCUUGGAUGCAGCCUAUGGCUAUUUAAGUGAUCAUUUUGCCAGUUUAAUUGCAAGCGAUAGUUUCCUGUCUUUGGGUCAUGAUAAAAGCCACAAUAUAUCGCGGUUGGAAACAAUUCUACUGAGAACGGCUUCGUCUCUGCUUCCUGAUCAGUCGUGUCGAAGCUACCAACGAAUAACAAGGUUGAAUGCUGUCUUGGCAGCGAAAGUGAUAAAGGUACCAGGCAUGAGUGAUCAUGGUAAUGACUUGGCUAACGGCCGCGUCACAGAAAGUCUACAUGAUCAUGAAGAAGAAAUGGAAUGGAACGAAGAGUUUAUUCGGCUUGUUAGCGCAAUACUUUCCGCUGUGGAGCAAUGUCUAACAAAGCAAUGUGCGCGAGCGAUGCGUGUCGCCGCAUGGCAACGUAUGGAUUUGGAGUUACGCAAAAAGAUUCAGAAGUUAGCAUGUCUUACUGAACCGUUGGAUUUGCGAAGGAAUAAGAAUAUACCGAAACAGAUUAAUUUUAAUACAAGUGGCAAUCGUAGUCAAGACCUGUAUCAGGUCAAAUUGGCUAUACAAGCGCACUCGAAACGAGCAUUAGCUCAGGACACGCAACUUUACCGGGCCACAGCACAUACACAAACAAACAAUGUCGAUAGUCAAAAUAAACAUAUACAAACGAACGAGAAAGGGGUGCAGGCGAAUAAUGAGGUUAAAGAAAUGAUGGGAAAAGUUUUCAAAUCGUCUUCGAAAUCUAAUAUACUGCACCAACCACAAAAUUCUAUUAAACCUAAACCGGAUAAAGUUAAAAUUCUUGGACACCGUCGCACCCACUCCGAAGACUCCUCUACAUCUACCAAACACUCCUCUGAUUUCACCGCCCAAAAGCCAAUUACAACGGUGAGUGCUUCUCGCCUUGCCGACAUUCGACCUCGCUACUUAGAGCCUAGAAAACUUCGAACUGGUCCACUUAAGAGUCAAACAAGCUCCAACAUUCCAUCACUCAAAGGUAAACACAUCUCGUCCAGUGAUAGUUCACGAACAUCAAGUCCUGCAACAGGACGCAAUGCCAAAAAUGCUGCCCGAAAAAUCGGUACCAAAUCAACUAACAUGUCCCUCGAUAGUCUAGCGUCGCCAUCGAAGAAAGCAUCAAUCACUGGUAAAUUGAAGGGUCGCUGCGAUAUGGAUAUAUCCAUUGAUUCACUUGGAGAUUCAAUGAAGAGCUCAAUGAAGACGGAUAAAACGAUUUCACAGGAAUCUUUGAUAAGGUGCGAUAACAUGAAAGACAAUAAGAUAUCUCGCUCGCAUCCUGUUAUUAACAAAGAAAAUCUUCAAUCUGUUAAAUCGAUGCCGAAUAAAUUUGCUCGUAACAAACCGCUUUCAUGUCAAACGACAUCAGGUUCGAGUCCGUCGUCCGUGACCAAUAAAUCAGGACGACUAUCGAGCAAUACAAGUUCCAUGAACUCGCCCCGUGAUGCAUUUAAGAAUCGCUCGAUAUCUGUACCGGCAGGCUCUACAAAUAAUAACGUCCGAAAAAGUUUCUUGACCCCGAAAUCACGUGAAAUCUUAGCACGCAAAUCAGCAGCCGCAAAACUUAACGAGUCGACUAGUUCUACUGAAAAAGCUCCUCAUACGAACGCUGUCUACAAAUCCAGUUCAAGUUCGAAUAUUCCUACUCGACGGGGAGUACAACCGAAUAAUUUACAUCAGAGAAGAAGCCUAGGAGCCCGGCCUAUUUCAAACAGUUUGAGCAAUCCAACACAAAGUAGUCAGCUGAAAUGUGUCCAACGGAAUAAUUCAACAUCGAAAGCAGAUCGACGGACAAUGAACGAGAAGAAUGAUAGGAUGGGGAGCAAGAAAAUUGUUUAUGACAAUAAUCGGAAGGAAAAGGAGCUGUUUGGAAGAUGUGGGGAGCGAGGAGGAGGUGAAGAGAAAAUUGAAUUGGUCAUUGAGGGUCCGCACGGUGCGAAGGAGAUGCGAAUUGAAUCGAAAUUGGAACGAUCGAGUACUUUCUGUAAGGAAGUAUCCGAUCUUCCUGUAAGUGAGCUACAAAUUAUAGAAUAGAAGAAUUAGGAAUUGAUGAAAUUUUGAAAUUGAAAUCUAGUCAUAGGCAAGUAUUUGUUUCUAAUAUUAGCCAUGUAAAAAUCGAUUGUUAAUUUGGCAAUAGCUACAAAUUUAUGUAUUUUUAAGCAGCCUUAAAUUGUGUUAGGUGUAUGUUGAUAAAGGAAAGUCAUUUAAUUAUCGCUUCGAUAAAAAUUUCUAUAAAUUACACAGAAUUUCCAAAAAUAACAAGAAAUAAUUCUUCUAGAAAAUAGACUGUUAACAGUACGAGGAUUGAACAAGAUAGAAUAUACGCGCACUUACCCCAUGAAUUGUGAAUUGAAAAUGAAUUUUAAAUGCAAGAGAAUAUGAAAAAAAUAAAUAUAAGGUGAAAUAAUUGUAUGACUUCGUCCAUACUAACCACUUUUACUCUGAUAAAGCAAAUUUGUAAAGCAAAGAAAGUAAGCUGUUUGGUUUUUCAGGGGACAAGUUGAGACCGCCUGUCUUGAAGAUUUGUGAAUAACUUAAUUGAAGAUUUGAAAUUCGAAGGAGUGGAAUCAUCUUCUGAUUCACCUCUGUUUGUCUGUUUGUUUGUUAGCACCUUUGUUACAUUCGUGGUGAGAGGCCGGUUUUAAUUUGAAAAAUGUUUACUCGUUUAAGUGUUAUUGUAAACAUUGAAGACUCUUGCGAAUUUCUCAACUUCGAUAAAACGUAAUCAAAUAUAAUAUUCACUAAAAUGUACAGCAAGCAAUGUUUGUGGAAAAUUAAUAAAUUUCUGGCGAGUAUUAUAUUGAUA